CACCAUGCCUUCGAUUAAGUUGCAGAGUUCCUAUGGAGAGAUAUUUGAGGUUGAUGUUGAAAUUGCCGAACAGUCUGUGACUAUCAAGACCAUGUUGGAAGAUUUGGGAAUGGAUGAUGAAGGAGAUGAUGACCCAGUUCCUCUACCAAAUGUUAACACAGCAAUAUUAAAAAAGGUCAUUCAGUGGAGCACCCACCACAAGGAUGACCCCCCACCUCCCGAGGAUGAUGAGAACAAAGAAAAGCAGACAGAUGAUAUCCCUGUUUGGGACCAAGAAUUCCUGAAAGUUGACCAAGGAACACUUUUUGAACUUAUUUUGGCUGCGAACUACUUAGACAUCAAAGGUUUGCUUGAUGUUACAUGCAAGACUGUUGCCAAUAUGAUCAAGGGGAAAACUCCUGAGGAGAUCCGCAAGACCUUCAAUAUCAAAAAUGACCUUACUGAAGAAGAGGAAGCCCAGGUACGCAAAGAAAACCAGUGGUGUGAAGAGAAGUGAAAUGUUAUGCCCGACACUGUAACACUGUAAGGAUUGUUCCAAAUACUAGUUGCACUGCUCUGUUUAUAAUUGUUAAUAUUAGACAAACAGUAGACAAAUGGCAGCAGCAAAUCAGUUGUUUAAGCAGAAUAUUGUCCUCCUUGCAGGUGUAGUUUGAGUACAGAUUCCAAACUUAUGGCUGAGUUUCUUCUAGUAUGAUCAAAAGUUUCUUUUUUCUUUGCUCUAAAUAAACCUGAACUGUGGGUUCUCUGUAGAAGGUGGCAUUUUGGGCUUUCCAAAACUCUCUUUGUAAAGCGAUUUCUGCCUAGUUUAUUGUCUAGUUAACUUUAGUUUAAUGACCUUUUAAAAGUUGGCAUUGUAAAUAAAACAAGUUGAAAAAAGUUUUCUGAAAUAGAAUUAACAACAUAUUCUCUUUAUUCAUGAGUUGGAAACUGGAAAAAGGCUACCUGAGGUAAAUGUUUUGAGUGGGGUUAUUAGGAUGUCUUCCAGCUUCCUGGAGUCAAGGAGUACCACUGGUAUGGAUUAGCCUGUAUGUAGCAGGGCUCCUUUAAUUGGAUCUAAGGACUUGUUUUUGCAUUUUUAAUCCUCAGCUUUGAAUAUGUUGGCUAGAGACUCAGUUACUACUCAGUUUGUGAUUUUGGGGGGAAUAUAACUAGCGAGUCUGUUAG